GUAAUUCCCGAGACUGUUGAUUUACGGCCCAUCUAUUCUGCUAUGGAUACGACGAAGUGCCGAUGAAACACGAUGACCUGCGGCCUGUCCCUGCGUCGUGCUACACUACUGCGUGACUCCGUGCGGCCGUGCCUGCCGCCCUGCUGCCUGCGUUUCCAGAAAUUCGACCGGCGAAGUGUCCGACCUGGCCCACCAUUGCUUUGAAAGAUCGUCCUCCCCAAUGAAAACCCAUUGCUCUCUAUUGGUGUGUCUGUUAUCUCUAUGUGAGCAGACCAGAUGGAAUUUCAGUUCCCUCAAUCUUGAUUGAUUAUACCUUAGGAAAAUGACUGUCUUGCCAAAGGUUCUACUCUACUCAACUCUAGCAUGGGCACCUACACCUCGGUAUAAGAAAAAUGGAAGCACCAAUCCUGCCAUCAUUGCAAGAUCAACUCCAACCAAGAUUGAAGCUAGUAAGAGACGAGCUUGUACUCUACGCUGAGGCAUGGUCUCUACAGAAGUCCAUUGUCAAGGAGCGAAAAGCAUUGGUCCAAAGAAAUGAAGAUUUUUCAGACAGCCUAAUUGUCCUGCAACACCAUCCGGUAUAUACUUUGGGAACUGGGAGUUCAGAAGAAUACUUACAUUUUGAUCAAAAGAAUGCUCCUUUUGCUGUGUACCGAACUGAGCGUGGAGGUGAGGUUACCUAUCACGGCCCUGGUCAGAUAGUGAUGUACCCUAUAAUGAACCUCCGUUAUCAAAAGAUGGACCUUCAUUGGUACCUGAGGGCACUAGAAGAGGUGGUAAUCCGAGCUCUGGCUUCAUCUUUUUCCAUUAAAGCUUCACGAAUUGAUGGCUUGACUGGUGUUUGGCUUGGGACGUAGGGGAGUAUGUAGUAUGCAGGGGAAUAUGUAGUAUGCUAGUCUGAGGUAUGUGGAUUGAUUACGGAACUUCUUAUCUCAGGAGAUGAGAAAGUAGCUGCGAUUGGUGUUAAGGUCUCUCAGUGGAUCACAUACCAUGGGUUAGCACUUAAUGUCAGCACAGAUUUAGCUGCUUUUCAGCAGAUUGUGCCUUGUGGGAUCAAAGGUCGUCAAGUUGGAAGCAUAAAGGAGCUUCUUCGUCCUCCUAAUUCUGGGGCUUCUUCUCCGUCAUGCUAUAACACUGUAUAUGAUGAUUCUGGACUUAUGGAUAUUGCUUACACUUCACUUGUUCAAGAAUUCUGUGAACUGUUCCAGGUUGACCUUUACUAUAAAUAAUAUAUUCACUCCAUCCCAAAUUUAAGAUGCCAUAACCAUCCAUGGAGUUAACUCAGCUCUUUUUUAAUCUAUGAUUUAAUAUACUCUGUAAUACUUUUCGUCAUAUUCAUAUUUAGUCGUAGCAGUUCAAUAAAGCUUUUAGUGUUCUUUAGAUGCAUAUGAAGUAUAUAAUUGAUACAAACAUUGGUUGAUACGAAUUUUG